AGUGGAGAUAUCAACAAAUAAUAAUACUAGUAAAAAUUGUGAAAAUUCAAUACGGAAGAAAUUUCUUUAAAUUCAUCUACAUGUUUGAUCAAGGUUUAAAAUAAUCAGAAGAUUGAUCGUUUCAAAACGUGUGUCAAGAAAUUGGAGACAUUUUCUGCAAUUUUAUUUGAUGAAUCCUCUUCUGUCAAAACUGCCUAAGGUGCCACCGGGAAAAAUUUUAGUCAACAAGGAUCUGAGUGAUUCCUCUUUAGGCAAAGAAAUCAUCAGGUUUCACGGAGGAGUCGCUUUUUCUCUGCACAGUUUGAGUGGUGCGCCGGUCGAUUUCAUCCCAGCUCAAAACACCCCUGUUAUUGUGAUUUGCUCAGAAAAUUCAUCUGGAGCCGAUGUGGAGAUAGCAGCCAAAAUCAAACGCUUCAAAAAGGCAUGGGGAAGCGCAGGUGUAAUCGUUGCCGAAAGGAAUUGCUCCACUACAAAUUUGUAUAAAGGCGUUCAGACUUGUGCCACGUUAAAGCACGACUCAAAUGUGAUCCCAGUGGCCAGUUUGCCAGAGCUGCCUGUGCUGCUGAAAGAUUUGGCUCAAACGCGGUCCAACAAGCACCUCAACCCAUUUCUGACUGUCAAAUCAACACCUCACACUACCGACCUUGCCUCGAAGCAACUCGCGCUGCUGACAAACAUUCCAAAUGUAGGCCGCAAAAAGGCACAACUACUUGUAGAGAAGUUUGUCACCAUUCGCCGACUUUCCUACGCAACUGAGGAAGAGUUGACUGAAUGUGCAGGAAGUGCCACCGCCAAAGCAGUGUUCAAAUUUUUCCAUUGAAACUAAUGAAAAUUUAUAUAAUUAGAAUUUUAAUUAAAGAUAUUUAAAAAUUAACAA